CUCUACUCCACUUCCGCAUGUACGGGUUGUCUUAUGCCUUUUCGCAGGGGCUGACUUCCUUUCGCUCCGACAUCUUGACGAGGAAACAUGCCUCCCAAGACAGACAAGAAAAAGGACACUGGGAAGUCCAAGAAGGACAAGGACCCAGUUAAUAAGUCUGGAGGCAAAGCCAAGAAGAAGAAGUGGUCCAAGGGAAAAGUGAGGGACAAGCUCAACAACCUGAUCCUCUUCGACAAGGCCACCUACGACAAGCUGUACAAAGAAGUUCCUAACUACAAGCUCAUCACACCUGCUGUUGUGUCUGAGAGGCUGAAGAUCCGUGGCUCCCUGGCCAGGAACGCCCUGCAGGAACUGCUCGCUAAAGGCAUGAUCAAGCUGGUGUCGAAGCACAGAGCCCAACUCAUCUACACUCGUAGCACCAAAGGUGGAGAUGAGGAGGUAGCACCAGAGAAAGCAUAAUCAGGUUCUCCUGUUUGUUUCCUUUGAUGUGCUCUUUGUAAUGGAAGUUGAAUAAAAUGUAAAGACAAA